AUGUCGGUUUCGGCCGUGAACAGGAUCGGACUCAGGGCCAAGAUAUGGAAUUCGCUGACCGGCCGGGUGGGCCCGAAGACGUAUUUCACGUACACUCCCGAAGUGUCGCAGGUGUUGGACCGCGAGCCGAAGUGGGUGUCCGCCGACGAAGCCGUCCAGUGCAUAAAGUCCGAUAAUACAAUUUUUGUGAGUGGUGCUGCUACUACACCAAUUGAAAUUCUCCGCAGUAUGACUGAUCAUGGAAAACAAAAGCAAUUAAAAAAUAUUCGUGUAUGUAGCAUUCAUACCGAAUUUGAGUCACCAUAUUCAACCCCAGAAUGUGAAGGAAUAUUUCGACCAAUGGCUUUUUUUAUUAGUUCCAAUAUGAGAAAGUGUAUAAAUGAAGGUCGUGGUGAUGCUGUACCAAUAUUUUUACAUGAUAUACCUUAUGUAUUUGAACGAAAUGUUAUACCAGUAGAUGUAUCAAUUAUCUCGGUAUCACCUCCUGAUCAUCAUGGUUUUUGCAGUCUUGGCACAAGUGUGGAUUGCAUCCGUUCAGCUUUAGGAAAAUCUAAAAUAAUUAUUGCACAAGUAAAUAAAUGUAUACCUCGCACAUUUGGUGAAGCCAUCAUCCAUCAAUCACAUAUUGAUUAUGCUGUCAGAUGUGACCGUGAAUUACCAGCUCAUGAACACAAAGAUCCAAAUCCUACUGAAACAGCUAUUGGCAAACAUAUUGCUGAUAACCUUGUUGAAGAUGGUGCUACAUUACAAAUGGGCAUUGGUGCAAUUCCGGACGCCACGCUUACCUGUCUUAAAGAUCACAAGGAUUUAGGAAUCCAUUCAGAAAUGUUCAGUCUUGGUGUUAUUGAUCUAGUCAAGUCGGGGGUUAUAACCAAUCAUAAUAAAACAUUUGAUAAAGGACUGAUUGUAACAAGUUUCUUAAUGGGCAACAAGAAGUUGUAUGAUUUUGUCGAUAACAAUCCUUUAAUAUGUAUGAGGCAAGUAUCAUAUACCAAUAAUGUACAUAUAAUAUCUCAACAACCUAAAAUGACUGCAAUCAAUUCUUGCAUUGAAGUAGACUUGACUGGACAAAUUGUGUCUGGAUCUAUUGGAUAUAGAUUAUACUCAGGGUAUGGUGGUCAAGUAGAUUUCAUUAGAGGAGCUGCUGAAGGUUUUGACGGUAAGGGUAAACCUAUCAUUGCCCUAGGUUCUGUGAAUCCCAAAACUAAGGAUGCCAGAGGCUUGCCAAGUAGCAAGAUUGUGCCUAAAAUUCAAGAAGGAGCUACGGUAGUUACUACCAGUGCACAUGCACAUUAUGUGGUGACUGAGUUUGGUGUUGCCUCAUUGUUUGGGAAGAGUUUGAGACAACGAGCACAUGCUUUGAUAAAUAUAGCCCACCCUGACCACAGAGAAUGGUUAGAAAAAGAAGCAUUUAACCGUUUAAAAGUUAUGCCAAGUGCAUGA